GUACAAGGCGGCUACCUGGGUCUUGUCCUUUGGUUCUCAUGCGCAUUGCAUUGUUCAAUGCUCUUGAGCAUAAAAACGCAAUGCAAUGCAAGUCCGUGCAUUCAAAUUGGUACCGCAGCUGCUUGUGACGCAACUUUGUCAGUCCGGGUCAUAACCGCUCCGAUAUAAGAUCAGAACGCGUGUUCAAUCUCCAAGCCCCCCCUUAUCUACUCCCACCCUGCGCCCACAUUUAAUCUUGCCCACCACCCCUGCCCCACAAAUAAUAACCUACACAAUCAUCACAUCGUUGUCCUCCCCUCUCACUAACUGACAACUAACCAGCACAUUAUCGACGGACGAUGACUCAAUACGCCUUUCCGUCUUCCAAUUCCCCCUACAGUUCCCAUCAGCCUGUUGUCUACACAACUUCUUCGCACUCGCAACACGGUCAUGGGGGUUACAACUACGGGACGCCCUCGAGGCGAGCCGCAUCUAUCGGGCAUGCCCACACAUCUAGCCCACAAUAUGGGUACCCCACUGUAGUCCAGGCGCCGCUGACUGCUCAAUACCUGUCUGUGCCUAGCACACACCACCGCAGCAGCAGUCAUAGCAGGCACAGUCACAGCAGACCCAGAGCCAAUAGCCACAGUCAUCACGGGCACGGGCACGGGCAUGGGCACGGAUAUAGUACAGCUACUACCUACCCAGUCACAUACGCAACAUCUGCUCCCGUAUACAUCCAACCUGCCUCAGGACAUCAUCGCUCUCAUUCAACGUCACACAGACACCAUUCGCACUCGCGUCCUUCCCAUUCUUAUGCAAGCAAUGGUGAUUAUCACAGAGGUCGAGCCCCGUCGGUCGGGGACCGCGUUCGGGAGUUCUUUGGAAUGGAGCCUUCGUCGAGCACCUACUACAAUACCUAUGGAAAUCAGGGGCACGGGCGCUACAACUCUUACGGUGGUAUGAGAGAUGAUGGGAGAUCGAGGAAACACAGUGGCUAUGUGGACGAACACGGGAGAGAAGUGGAUGGUCGUGGACGGCCGAUCCAUCGCUAUUAAUUCAGGUAGCUGUUCUUGCAUGUAGUUUAUGUAGCCCUCCCAGUAUCAUCUGACCUCUAUGUUGUUCAAACCACGCUAUGUACAUAGCUGUACAAUAAAGUCUAAACAGACGGAAUUCACGAGUGCCAAUUGUUCAAACGUUCAUUGAUUGCUCGGA